UAUGCAUGUUUAUACUUGGUUGCAGACCUUUAAAAACAACAUAAAUUUUUAAACUGUACAAUAAAAAUGAGUCGAAGCAGUACAAUUUCAUCAAAAAAACAAGAUCAAGUCAGAUUUUCACAAGACAGAGUCACAACGGUUGAAAAAUUUUAUGGACUUUUUUGUGACACCUUGGGGUCUGUUAUUAGAAAAUCAGCUAGGCUGCGAGAUAAAGGUGAUUUGUUUGCCCAACAUUUGAAAGCGUAUGCUGAAAUAGAACAAAUCAACACAUCUACAAAACUCAACUUGGUUACAUUUGCCCAGAAUUUUUCAGCCGUGCAAGAUUACAGAAAUGCUGAGGUACAAAGACUGGAGGAAAAAGUUUUGAAACCUUUGAUUCUUUACGGAAAGAUUUGUAAGAAUAUUAAGGGCAGUGUCAGGAAAAGUCAAAAUGCAACAAAAAGGGAAGAUAAACAGCUAGAGAAAUUAGAAAAACUUCAACAGAAAGUCCCACAGGCCAAUAGUGCUGAUAUUGUAUCCUUGGCUCAACUGGAUUUGCAGAAGAUACGACAAGAUGGAGGCAACUCCAAGGAGCAACUUAUAUCAGAGAUGGAUAAGUUUGAAAAGGAUAAACUGACAGAUUUAAAAUCAAUCCUAAGUGAAUAUGUGAAGAUAGAAAUGAUGUUUCACGCCCGUGCUUUGAAAUACUUGUCAGAAUGUUAUCAAGCAGCACAGAGGAUAGACACAGAUGCUGACAUGGAUCUUUUCCGAGCAAGGCUGCUUGAUGUUACAGGCUUGACACCUAACCAGACCAUGACGUCCAUUCCUUCACUGGGGCAGUCACAGACACCCUACGGUUUUAAUUACGCUUUGUUUUCAACUUCUACUAGUCAACCAACGUACCUUCCUCAGCGGCCAGGUGUUCAAGGGGUUGAUGAUGAGGAAGAUGAAGAUGAUGAUGACGAUGAUGAUGAUGAUGACUUUGAUGUCACAGAUGAUGACGAUGAUGAUCUGGAUUCAUAAUUCAUUACUGAUGAUUGCAAUAUGUACUCUAAUCCGUCCAAAUUGAUUUACUAUUAUAUCAUUCCAAGUUUUUGUUGUUAUUUUUUUUAGUCUCACAAAAAGCAUUGUGGUGUUUCUAUUUUUUUUUUUUUAAUUUAUAGCAGUUUUUAUUGUGUCGUAGCGAGGGUGUUAGGAUGGGGGAAAUUUGAAAAUCCCCAAAUGUUUUUUUUUUUUACAUUGAAUAUUAUGCAGAAUGCAGAGGCCCCUAUAGAGGUCAAACCCCCCAGGCCACCAAAUGAUGGCAAAUUCCUAGCUACGCCCCUGGUUUUUAGAAGUUUCUUAUAGAACUUAUAAAAUAUUUUGGAUAGCUGAAUUUUAACCGCAAUAAACCAAAUUUAAUGCUGUUUAAAAUUUUUAAUAUGAACAUGCAUUAUUAUUUACUAAAUAAAAUUUAUGAACCACAUGUGUUUGUUUUUUGUUGGUACAAUAAUGCUCUUCGACUAAUAAAGUUGGUGGAUUGGGACAAUGGCAUGAUGGGAUACUAUUUGAAUGUUUAUGAAGUAAAAUAAACUUUACCCCAACUGGCUUUAAAUCUACCUGUGAUAUUUAUCAUUUAUUUAUUCUUUUUUUUUUUCAUUGAUGUAUUACUUAUUAAUAGUGCCAGAAUAAGAUACAUUUAUUUAGGUCAAUUAUUAAAAUUAAAUGAAUGGAAGUACAUUAUAAAUUCUUGUUAAAGUCUCUGAUACUUUCUUUAUAUAAUAGUCAAAUUUCAGAUUUAAUUCUGAUUAAAAUUAUAUUUGUAGCUGAUAUUAUUUAUUAAAUGUAGAGAUAAAAAAUAGAAGUAUAUUUAUUUAUUAUUGGAAAGUUUCUCACAUGGAGUAAAUAUAGUCUUUUUUUUUUUCUAAAAUCUAAAAAAUAUGAUCAAAGUUGUAUGAUUUAUUGAGAAGAAUUCAUCUUUUUUUUUCUAAGCCCUGAUAGUUGUUUGUUUUGUUGUUGAGUAGUGAGGAGGGGGCAAGGGGGGCACUAUCCCCGGCCCUACCCUAAGGGGGGAGGAGGGAAGCACCACACUCAUAGAGGCGCCAAAAGAAUGUAUUGUAGGUAGAUAUUUUAGUUAGGUAAUGCAUUCUAAGCUUAUUUGUGUUAUACUAUUAUUAAAUACUUUUUUAUUUACAAGCCUAUAUUUCUAUGUGAUGUUCAUGGUAAAUGGGCGAGGGGGGCGCCAUUAAAGUACCUUGCCUCCAGGAUUUGUUCUGCUCACUACGUCUCUGUGUUGUCUAAAAAGAUUUUUUUACUCAAAUUUUUUUAACAUAAAUAACAAUUCUCUGUCAUUGGUGAUUUUCAUUUCAUGGAUGUUGGAAAAUACAGCAACUUGUCAAAGUAGUUUUCAGUUUUACAUUAGUUUUAUAUUUUAAAACAAUUUAGGAUGGUUUUGGAAGUUAUUUUCUUUGCUGAUUUGUUUUGACAAAGUUUGCGUCCUUCAUCGUGUAAUUGGAAAUCGAGUCGUAGAAACAGUAGUUUCAGUACCUAAUCCUAAUAGUCUCGUUUAUAUUAUUCAUUCAUUCAGAUAUUUUUGUUUUCAAUUAUUGACAAUUUUUUAUGGUUCUAAAAUUGUGCAUAUGCACUAUGUGACAAUACAUUAUUUAAUUGACAUUUUGCAACAACUUGUUCAACAAAUUACAUUUCGUAUUUACUGUUCAAGCCCAGUGGUUCCAUCUCUGUGGUUCUGGAGAACUAACAACUAUUUUUAUUUUUCAUAUAAAUGAGUAUCGGUAAUAUCCCUUCUUCAUCUGGCCAACACCAAGAAGAGAUAAGGACAAAAUCUUUCUUUUAUUAAUAUGUAUGUAUUAUGUAUUAAAUGACUAUUUAUUUGAUCUAUGUAUUUGAUUUAAAUUUUUUGCCUAUUAAUAUGGGUUACUCAUCAGGCCUUAGGGAGAAAAAUUCUGUUCUACAGUAGGGGUUUCCAACUUUUGUUUCCCAUUUGCUAAUUUUUAAAAUUAUAUAUAUUUUGAACAUAAAGUUUUUGUUUAUAUUGCUUGUUUAUUGAUAAAGGUAUAAAUAUGUAGUUUACACAUUUAAUACAGCUUAUUAACUAAU